UGUCCGCAAAUUCAGUUUCAGCAACUUCCAGCCUAUUUUUUAAUUAAAAAAAAAAUUUUUUUAAUCUCUUCUUUUUUCGUUCAAAACAUUCACAUUUCUCUUUGUUUUUUCCUUCCUUUUCUCAAAAAAAUUUUCCUAAUAAGAUUACUCACAUUCCCAAUUUCCCAUUUAAAAUCGUAUACUCAUUUCUCCCGAAGGAAUUGUUGUUCCUCCUCUUUUUUGACCUCAUUUUUCUAUUAAAUUCCAACAAAGAUUCCCAUUAAAUGAUUGUUUCAUUCCUUUAUUUUAAUUUGGAAUUUUUGAGAUUGGUAAAAUUGUUUUUGUUUUUUUUUUGUUUAAAAGGACAUUUUUACCCAUUUUUAAUUCAAAUAUACUUACUUUUUUUUAUUUUUUGGCAUUCUAUAUAUUUUAAAAAUGUUUUCACAUUUCACCAAUACGACAUAAUGCCAGCAAGGAUAAAAACCUACGUUUUGUCACUAACGUAGUGGUGACAAAACGUAAAUUUUUACCCUUAUUGGCAAAAUGUGGUUUUGGUAAAAUAUGGGGAGCCUUUAAAAACUUGUUUAUUUCUCUAAUUUUAAAAUUGUCUCUUGUU